AUGUCUGCCACCGUCAUCACUCGUACUGCAGCCAAAACUGUUGCUCGCAGACCUGUUUCAUUUGUUAUGCAAAUCCGAAGAAUGGGACGCGCUUUUGAGCACCACCCUUAUGAGCGGAUUCCUGUCACCGCCAAGCCUGCAGCUCCCGACUAUAUGAAGGAGGUUACCUGGGUCGCGGGCAAGAUCGUAACCUAUGUUCCUACCUUUGGCCUGAUGCUGGGCUGGCCUGCUCUUUGCAAGUGGGCUCUUGACGGACAAAUCGGACGACUUUAA